CUGGAGGGAUUGUGGAGCGAGGGAGCUCCGAGGGGAAUUUGGGAGGGAAGGGUUUUGGGGGCAGUGAGGAUUUGUUUGCCGUGUAUUUUUGGGGAAGAAGGCUUUCUUGUGUGGGAGGGGAAGAAAGAGACCUGUGAGAAUUACAACAAACAACAGCUACAAAGGAGAGAAAGGCAAAAUGAUCACAGAACUGAACAACACAAAGAAGGGAUGGGGAAGGAGUGGACUGAAAAGGCCAAAAUAAAAUAAUGUGAGGAUGAAAACGAGAGCAACAACAAUUAUUUCUUCUUAGUACAGUACAGUUUCCUUCCUCUUUCAGCCUAAUUUCAAAUUACUACGAGUACUAAUGCAUUUUUUGCAUGUAUUCUUGGCUCCAAUCGAUCUAGAUCAUUUUUCUUAAAUGUAAUUGUAGAUUUAUGGUUGAAUAAAGUCCCUCAAUGAGCAUAUACAUUUAUUGUUCUCCUUACUAACUUCAAUAAUCUGUAACUAUUGAAGUUAUAUUCUGUAUGUUCUUAGAAAAUACUGAUGCUAUAAUAACAAGAAGAAAAACAUACCGAAUCGACGACUUUUACAUAUUGCAUACAUAAUUUGAUGGAAGUUAAGCAACCGAAUGAGCCUUAAUAUCAAGAUGAUAGGAAUAAUUAAGUUAACUCGAUUUGACACACAAUCAGCAAAUUUGACGAGCUAAUUAAACCACCACAAUCAGCAAAUUUGACGAGCACAGGAGGAGAUAAUUGACAUCCGAGCUAGCUAAUUAAACCACCAAAAACUUCAACGAUGGCCCAAAGCUUGGCGGAUGACAUCUGAAUCAGUUAUCAUAUCAUAGACACAUGAAUCAAACAUGGAAAUGGGUAGACUUUCAAGAGAACCAAACAGGGGAGCAAGUAAAUCUUUGUGGAGAAGGAAAUCUUUCAUGGAGGCAAUAUGUUCUGUUCCUACACAAGGCAAAGUUGGAAGAGGACUAACCUCAAGUAGAGGAGAUCGUCGAUGCUGCUGGGGAGCGGGAAGGCCGGCUGUUUCGACACUGCUGGAGGAGAGGAUUCGUCCGAUGGAGAGGCUCGAACGAAUCGUCGGGUGGAGGAGGAAUGAAGGAUAGAAGGUUUUCGAUUCUCUGUGUCAAUCCCCGCGGAUUAGCCGCCGUCAAACCCCACAGCAGAUUCGUCGGUGUCAAUCCCCCACCGGUGAAUCCCUCGCUCUAGAUCUGCAUGCCUCCACGAAUACGGAGAAUCAUGAGGGUCGCCUCUGUUAAUCUGGACGGACUCCCUCCUUCUCCUGUAUCUCUGCAGAGAGAGAGAGAGAGAGAGAGAGAGAGAGAGUUGGAAUGAGAUGGGGGAUGAAGGGAUUUGUGUCCUGAAUUUUUGCAGAUAGAGAGGGACAAAGCGGAGGAGAGAAAGAGGUGAAAUCUGGUUGUGGGGUGAGCAAAACGGAUUUAGGGAUUUUGAGUUUUUGACUUUAGAGACAGAACUCGACAAUCGAGAGAGAUGUACAACGAAGGAAGAUGAACUCCCACCGCAACAAAUUUAUUGGGCCGUUUGGAAACUUUUCAUAGUAGAGGCGCAAGAGUGCUUUACCCCCAAUAAGUUAUGGAUCGGCGUCGUUUCGCUGUCAAAUUCCUAGAGUUGAAAACCUUCGUCUGCUUCAGCGGGCCUCCCUCUUAAAAAGUCUCACUGACCCUUGUGCCGUCGGCGAAGAAAUGAAAGCGUGGCCGCCGUUGAAGAAGAACAACAACAACAGCAGAUGGCGAACGUCAGAAAAUUUCUCAAUCCAAUCAAGCAAUCGAUCUCCUUGUUCAGCUCUCGUCAAAGUUCUCCAAUCUCCCAAUCCAGGCAGCUAGUUCAUCGCGAAUUCAAGUCUAUGACGACAUUGAUAAAGCGACUCCAGCCUUCAGUAACACAGUACAACAAGUUCUUACCGCUACGAACAUUUGGUACUCUUAACACAACAGUGAGGAGAGCGAGUCUAGCAAUAGGCAUAGUCGGUGGUGCUUCGAUUGUAAUCGGCUCUGUUACCUGUUCUCCUACGGUUGCAUACGCGAUGGAUGGUGUAGACAUUUUGAUGGAUGAUGAUAGAGAGCCCUUUGAUGCCUCCGAUAGGGAUGAGUUUGCACACGCUGCUUGGAUGGUGAUUCGGAAGCUAUGGCUGCCAGCUUUCUUCUUCCUUACCAUAGUAUCGAACUGGAAUCACCCGAUCGUGCUUCUCACCAAGGGCGUGUUGCUUCUCCUUGCCACGAGGCCCAGCCCCUUGACGGUCUACCUUUUCGUUGAACAGCUGUGUAACCAGUCCAAGCUCCAAGAACCUCGCUCCUUUUGGGCAAAGUCCUUGUACGCGAAAAAGGUUGAAGUCCAAGACUACAAGUUCCUGUGUAUUGCCACAGUAGAAGUAAGGGACAGAAGGUUCACUCUGGUGGGAAUCCUUGGAGGCUGGUGGGUUUUGCCAUUGUCGACAGAAGCAUUUUCAAGUUUUUGGGAGAGUGCACUAUACUAAUUACAAGGCACAGAAUUUAGGUAAACACUCUCUAUAUAUUAGAAAUCUAUAUCCGAUCUGCAACCAUUUCAUCUUUACAUUAAUCAAUCCCAGAACAUUAUACAAUAACAGACAGCUUUCCUU